AUGAACGAUUAGUAGAAAUAGUAACAACCAGACCAAUAUUUUUCUCUUUUUGCUUAUCUUUAGAAAGAUAAUAGUGAUCUAUAUGAAGCAUUAAUUGAAGGUCUUACUUAAAUCAAGCUUUAAAAACCGAAUGAAGAAGUACAAUUUCUAGGAAAUUUUCUUAUUAAUAGAUCUUAAGAAAAAGGAAAGUGA